GACCAAGGAAUUUAAAUGCUAUUAAAAAAGGCAAAGCUAAAGAUGUUGAGAUAGACGAUAAUGAAGAUGAUGAUAUUGAAGUGGUUGAUGAUGAAAAAAUGGAAGAAGAUGAGGAAACAGAGAUAGUUGAAGUAGAAGAAGAUGAUGAUGAUAAAGAUCUUGACCUUGUAGAUAAUGAAGAUUGA